GUUAAAAUCUGAACGUAAGUGUGAUCGUUGUGACGAAAAAACAUAUAAUUGGCAACAUGGAUUUCAAGAAAAAAGUUGUCAUUAUAACUGGAGCUAGUUCGGGAAUAGGUGCACAGUCCGCUAUCGCAUUUAGCAAGGCCGGUGCCCAAGUGGUUAUGAUUGGUCGUAACGAAACAAAACUAAGGGAAGUCGCUUCAAAAUGCACCAACCCCCUUGUAAUACGGGCUGAUAUUGCUAUUGACGAUGACGCUAAACGCAUUAUAAAUGAGACGAUAAAAACUUUCGGGCAAUUGGACGUCCUCGUCAACAACGCUGGUCUAUCGAAUUCACUUGGCAGUAUUCUUGAAGGCGAUUUGAUGAAAUCCUAUGACUCGAUUAUGAGUGUGAAUCUUCGCGCUGUUGUGUAUUUGACUAACCUAGCUGCACCGCAUUUGAUCAAGUCUAAAGGAAAUAUAAUAAACAUAUCAAGCGUAGCUGGAUAUCUGUCACCCUUUUCACCACAAGCAAUUAGCUACUGCGUGUCCAAAGCUGCUGUAAAUCAUUUCACAGUCUGUGCUGCAGUUGAACUGGGAGCUCACGGUGUCAGGGUAAAUGGAAUAUGUCCAGGUCCGGUAAGAACUGAUUUCAUAGCAAACGCUAACUAUAAAAGCUCUUGGGAUCACUAUACGAAGUACACAGUGCUUGGAAGAGUAAGUGAACCUGAUGAGAUAGCUGAUUUGAUAAUGUUUCUUGCAAGUAAUAAAGCUAAAGGUAUCACCGGUUCUAACUACGUGUCUGACAAUGGUGUAAUGAUUAAACGGGUUUGAUUUAACCAUUUUUAUAUUUUAUAUUAUAUAUCAGUUGCAAUGUAAUUUAAAUGUUGUGAGCAAAUAUUU